UUUUGUUGGUGAACGUUUUGAUUACCCUGUUUUGUAAUCAAUGGAUCGAGAAUCAGUCAUUAUGUAAUUUGAAAACGGAAUCACAGAUUGUUUCCAAAAUGGUUAAUCAAGAACUCAACUCCAUUCAGUUUCCUAGUGUAAAAGAAAGCAGCAUACGGAGGGAUGCAAUAGCAGUAUGUGUUAUUACUGGUUUUAUGUGUUGCAUGUUAUAUCAGUUGUUUGUUCAGUGGCGAGACGAGGAAGAAUUCGAUUUGUUUAUGAAAAAAUGCAGAAGUUACCAUGACCAAGUAAUGAAAAUCCCUAAGUUUUAUAGAGAUGUGGAAAUCAAGUUUUCCAAUCUAGAAUCGCAAUCAACUUGUGUACAUGAUAGAUUCCAAAGAGCUAGUAGAAUGAUUGUAAAUGAAAAAGUACCGGUAUGCAAAAAUAUUAAAUACGACUUCCAGACUUUAAGACAUAACUGGACGAAAGAACACUCAUGUAUAAGUCGUUUUGAUGUAGACGUUCUUAAUGGAAAGAUGCACAUUGCCGAGCAGGGAACACAGGUCCAACUCACUAUGGCUAAAGGAUUUGUAGACAGGGAAUUGUGGAAAAUAAGAAAAGUAAUAUCAGAGGAUAUCUUGUCACUGGAGGAAGUGGACAAAGACGUUAGGGUAUUACAGAACUAUUUUGGUAGAUGAAGCAAACACCAACUCCAUGGAAGAUGGCCAGUUCUUAAAACUAAUAAAAUGUCGUUUUGUUAUUAAGCAGUACUGUUGUAUUUGUUAUUAUUGGUGACAGUUUUUUUUUUAUCAAAUACUGUCGUUUAAGAAUUAUCAAAAUGUCAUCUUGUAAUUAUAACUAAAGGAAAUUUAACCGAAAAAAUAUAGCUUAAAAAACGACGCAUAAACUGAUUCUGAUAAUCAUGAAUAAAAUGCUUUGCUGAGCGCAGCUGGAUACGACCGCAAAGGUCCAACUCUGAACAGUUGGGGCGAAAAUGGACACAAUAUUCGCGCUUGAUACAGGUCUGAAUUUGGGUUGUAAUUAAAUAUUUGACACAUAAUAGGUUUCUGACACAGAAUAACUGUAGUCAAAGAACUUAGAAUUGGUUAUAUGAUUUGAAUUUAUAUUCAAUUUUUUGCUUUUGUGCAAUACACUAAG